UGUUUCUCACUCGACUUCAAUGGAACCCUUACCUUGAAACUAGCAAUAAUUCAUGGUAAGUUCAACUCAAAUCCUUAAUAUAACCAUAUCAUAUUAAUUUAUUACUCGUGUUGUAUAAAUUUUUUUUUCUCUGUGAACAAAAGAAGCGGUUUGGGUUUUGGUGAUUGUUGGUGAACAAAGAGAGGAGGACGAUGGAUCCAAACUUGCAGGGAUCUAUUGAUUUCAUAAACAGUUACCAGUUUGGUGAAGACAGCAACACAAUCGUGUGGGAUCAAAAUCAAUACGAAACCGAUUGGGAUGUUAACGGAAUCCUUCUUGAUCAGCCUUAUGCGGAUUCACUUGGUUUUUCUCUGCAUACAAACCCUGUAGAAGGUGAAGGUGCCUCUGCAGAUCCUUCACUAGAAGACAAUGAUUUCUCAGAAACCGUCAAAUUCAUAAGCCAAGUUCUGAUGGAAGAGAACGUUGAACAGAGGCCGUUUUAUGACCCUCUGAGCUUGCAAGUCACUGAGAAAUCAUUCUAUGAUGCUCUCACUGAAAACAUACCUCUUUCCCCUAAUCAACACCCCCUUGAUAUUCUGAGUCACGACGGUGGAGCCACCAGCAGCAGCAGCAACAGCGGCGGCGGCGCUAGCAACUCUUUAGAUGACAAUUCUCGUGAGUUGAAGCCCCCUUCUCCUGAUACCCCUCUUUCUGUUUCUUGUGAUCAUGCAUUUCAGUUUGACUCCCAUGCCAUUUCUCAACAUCUUUCCACUAGUGUUACUGUUAGUGAUGGACUGUUAGAUUUGGAUUAUUCUACUACCAAAAUGUUGGCACAAAAUAUUUUCAGUGACGCAGAUUCUGUCUCCCAGUAUAGGAGAGGGUUAGAGGAAGCUAGUAAGUUUCUUCCUCCAGGACCUCAGCUUGUAACUGGUCUUGAAUCAAAGGGAGAAUCAUUCAGUGUGGUUGGGGUGAAUUCUGUUGCGUUGAAGGGUAGAACGAAUCAUGAGCGCGAAGGAGGUGAUACCAGAGAAGAAGGGAGAAGUAGCAAGCAAUCAGCAGUUGGUGUGGUUGAUGAGAGUGACUUAUCAGAUAUGUUUGAUCAAGUGUUGCUUAGUGUGGAGAAACCACUCUGUAAUGAACAUGGUUGCUUGCAGAAUGGAACAGUGACAGCCGACAAGGCAGGUGAAAAUUCACCUUCAUCUAAUGGAGGGAAGGCUCGUCCUAAGAAACAAGGAAAGAAGAAGGAAACCGUGGAUUUGAGGAGUCUUCUGCUUUUAUGUGCACAAGCUGUGUAUGUCAAUGACAAUAGGACUGCCAAUGAACUACUAAAGCAGAUAAGGCAACAUUCUUCUCCCUUUGGAGAUGCAUCGCAAAGGUUGGCUCAUUAUUUUGCCAAUGGCCUUGAGACACGCUUGCUCGGUGAUGCUACGGGUUCACAAGGACUUUUUAACUCUCUGACCUUCAGGAGGAUCACUGCUGCUGAGUUUUUGAAAGCUUACCAAGUUUUUAUAUCUGUUUGCCCUUUCAAGAGGUGUGCAUAUUUCUUUGCAAAUAAAAUGAUUAUGAAAGCAGCUGAAAAGGCAGAAACCCUUCAUAUUAUUGAUUUUGGUAUCCAAUAUGGUUUCCAGUGGCCAUUUCUUAUUAAGUUUUUAUCAGAUAGAGAUGGUGGACCUCCCAAGCUAAAGAUCACUGGCAUAGAGUGGCCCCAACCUGGCUUUCGUCCCACAGAAAGAAAUGAGCAGACUGGUUGUCGUCUGGCUAACUAUUGCAAGCGUUUCAACGUUCCCUUUGAGUACAAUGUCAUAGCAUCACGUAACUGGGAAACCAUUCAAGUACAAGACUUUAAAAUUGAGAGCAACGAGCUAGUUGCUGUAAAUUGUAUGAUGAGGUUUGAGAAUUUAAUGGAUGAGACUUUUGAAGUCAACAGUCCUAGAAAUGCAGUUCUGCAGUUGAUCAGGAAGAUAAAUCCGGAUGUUUUUGUGCAGUGCAUCGUUAAUGGAUCUUAUAAUGCCCCUUUCUUUGCCACACGUUUCAGGGAGGCGCUGUUCCAUUUUUCUGCUAUGUUUGAUAUGUGUGACUGUGUCAUAUCCCGUGAUAACGAAAAGAGGAUGAUGCUUGAGAGGGAACUUUUAGGUCGGCAUGCUCUCAAUGCUAUAGCAUGUGAAGGCUUCCAGAGAAUUGAGAGGCCUGAGACAUACAAACAGUGGGAAGUUAGGAAUACGAGGGCUGGUUUCAAGCAUCUUCCACUGAAUGAGGAAUUAAUGGCCAAAUUAAGGACCAAGUUCAAGGAAUGGUACCAUAGAGAUUUUGUAUUUGAUGUAGACAACAACUGGAUGCUUCAAGGUUGGAAGGGCCGCAUUUUGUAUGCAUCUACCUGUUGGGUGCCUGUAUAAUAAGGUGCUGCUGGACUCUUGGACUUGUUUCAGAACUCAUACUAGACUAAAGGUUCUGGUAUCCCCGGUCUGGCCUAUUUGCUUAACUGUCAGGUGCUGUGAUGAACAUUCUUCCAAGCUUUGCACCACGUUACUAUUGAAACUUGUGGCAGAACUUCUCUGGUAGAAUGGAGACCUGUGAUUGUGAUUGUAAUUCUAAUUCUAUAAUAGUAGGGUGGGCAUAUUAGAGUAGGAAUGCCCUUUUACCAUGGUUUCCCGAAUAUUUGUAAUCAAAAUGUUGAGAUAUUUUCUCUCUGACCAUCAUGUGUUAGUGUUGAAGAAGAUAUCAUCUUAUCAUGUAAAUAUAUUCAGUUUGUGUGUAA